AUGUCGUCCCAUGCGCCUGGCUGGAUGCUGCUGGCAGCUGCUUUGCUGCUAGCUCAUGGGCACCUGCCUUUGGCUCGUGCUGCUGAUCUGGGCCCGCUGGUGUGGGGAGCCAACAUCCACUUUUCGGGUGGCGGCUUGCCUGGCGAGGUGGAGCAAAUUGCUCGUGCGAUCAAGAUUGUGCGCAUGGACUUUGGCUGGGGGUCCACAGAGCGAACCAAGGGCGUGUAUGAUUUUUCUGCCUUUGACGAGCUUUUGGGCAACAUGUCCUCGCAAGGCGUGCGAAACUAUUGGAUCCUGGACUAUGGCAACGCCCUUUACACAAACGACUCCAAUACGGCACCCGCCACUGACGAGGCUAUCCAAGCCUUUGCAAAGUGGUCCGCGGCCGCCAUGACCCACUUCCAAGGACACAAUGUCAUCUGGGAACUUUACAACGAGCCCAAUAUCCCCACGCAGAGCCAAUAUGCCAGCGGUGUCGGGGCUUGGUUUCCGUACGCCAAUGCAACCACUUACAUGCGCCUUUAUCAUGCUGUCAUGAGUGCCAAGACCGCGGCAGGCAAGUCUGCAGCGCCCCUUUCUUUUACACUUGCUCGCCUUUUUCAGUCCUGCGACCUAAUCUGCGUCGGCACCGACCCAGGCCUGGACGAUGUCUCCUUGGUGGCACCGGCUUCUGCCGGUAUUCCCACCGAUUUCCUGGUUGCGUGCUUUGAGCAGGGCAUGCUUGAUACCGUGGAUGGCGUCUCUCUGCACCCCUACCGUGCCGAGACUCCCGAAACAGUCAUGGCCGACUAUGCCGCCUUGCGCGCACUCAUGAAAAACUAUACCUCGCGCGACGUGCCUUUGAUUUCUGGCGAAUGGGGUUACUCCACUUGCGCCAAUGCAACGACGCAAGAGCCUAUGAUUUGCAAUCAUGGGGCGUAUACAGGUCAAAACACCCUCCGUGGUCAAGCCAAAUUCCUCGUUCGACAGUGGCUGAUCAAUGCGUUGGAGAGUAUUCCCGUUUCCAUUUACUACGAUUGGCGCAACGGCGGCGGCGACACCACCGAGGGUGAGCAAAACUUUGGCAUCACCUACUCCAACUACAACAAUGCUAGCUUGCCGUUUGUUCCCAAACCCGCGUACACGGCUGCCGUCGUCCUGCAAGAACAGAUCAACUCCUCCACGUUUUCGACACGUAUCGACGCCUUUAACACGAGCGGAGGCGAGCCGGACUCGAACGCCUUUGCGCUGGCUUUUGCCGGGGGCGACAAGCUCGCGAGCGACCUGAAUUUCGUGAUCAAGUGUAUGCGUGUGUGUGUGUGUGUGGGGGGGGGGGGGGGGGGGGGCAUUUCGGAGCAGCAGUGCGUGGCUCGAGGCUGUUGUUAUCUGCCAGAUCAAACGGCUCAUCCCUGGUGCAACUUUCCUGGCAUUGGCAACUUCUCCGGUUCCAUCUCUUUUACUACAUCGGCCAACACGACGUACUCGCGUGUCUCCAUGCUGGGUGAGAAACUAGACUCUGUGACGACCAACAGUGAUGGCCAUGUCACCGUCGUAGUUGAUGAUGAGCCGCAAUACUGGACACGAACCUGA